CUGUAGGUCUGACAAGGGAUGCUAGGAUUUUUAGACCAAGUGACCAAUGCAGAAAAUAUUCCCCCGGACCAGAAACCGCUUUCCGAGACUUGUGUAAGUGCUGGUCAGCCAGGCAGAUGUCUAAGAAACAUCGGAAGAAGAUCCUCAUAAAAAUGAAGGAGACCCAUCUGGAAACAGAAACCGCACAAUCUGAAUACUCACCAUGCAAAAAACUAAAAGGAUCCAGUACUAAAGACAGACACACUCCAGUAAUCAGGGGCCAACCCACAAGCAGCCAUCACGGCACCACCUCUCCAAAACUGAAAGCCCAAUUGACCAUGCCCUCAUCUCCAACUGUACUGAAGUAUGUCUGCGCUGUGCCAGCCACUGAGUGCUAAUCUCAGCAGUAGAUAACCUGAUAGUAAUAGUGUGACACAGCAACAGGGACCUUUUAUGAUAGGUUGGGACUCUUGACACAACAAUAUGUGCCCCUGGUUGGCUAGUGGAAUAGAUAUAACGUGGAGCUAAUUGCAUCUGUGUGCCAAUUUUGUUUUUUAUAGCUAAUAAAGUGUAUGUAACCU